GCGGGCCGGAGGUGGGGAAGGGAGCUGCCGGGGCCCCUGGGCUGCUUGGUGCUCGCCCGCCUGCCUCACUCACUUGCGGUCGACGGGCCCUGCGAGCAAGGGCACCAGUGUGGCCUCGCCGACUCCAGCAGAACGUCGUCCCGAAUGCCCACAAUGGCGCCUCCGGGCAGCACACGAAGCAUCCGGCAAUUCAAGCGGCGCUUCAGCCUCCAACCGUCUUCCUUCCUCGGACGUGACGACGGCAGCAGCACCCCCAGGGGCGGCCACUCCCCCAGCAUUGACGAGUGCUCCGCCGCCAAAGACAUAGUAACCAAGCACAGGCACAAAAUCGUCGUUAUGGGGCCCACAAAAUCCGGUAAAACGUCUCUGAUCUCACAAUUUCUGUACGGCUCAUUCCCCGAUCGCUACAAGCGCACCGUCGAGGAGAUGCACCACGGCGAGUUCGACGUGGCCGGCGUCCGCCUCACGCUGGACAUCCUGGACACGUCGGGCGCUCAGGAGUUCCCGGCAAUGCGGGCGCUGUCCAUAUCAUCGGCGGACGCCUUCAUUCUCGUCUACGCGCUCGACGAGUCGGAGGAGUCGUUCGAGGAGGUGCGUCAGCUGCGCGACCUCAUCCUCUCGACCAAGGGCGUGUCGGCGGUACCAAUUGUCGUCAUCGGGAACAAACUGGACCUCGUCGAGGACAAGGAGAGCCAGGUGGAACACGAGACUGUCGAGUCGAUCGUCACCCUCGAUUGGGAGCAUGGGUACGUGCAGGCAUCGGCCAAGGACAACAAGAAUGUAGCCAAGUGCUUCCAGGAGCUGCUGAAUCAGGCAAAGGUGAAGUACAACCUGAGCCCGGCUCUGCGGCAACGGCGGCGGCGGCAGUCUCUGCCUGCGGCGCCAGGCUCCUCUCCGAACCACAAGUCGGACAAGCCGCUGAUGACUGUCAUGCCGCCACCGAUGGACGCGGACAAGCUGGAGAAAAUCAGGGAGGCCGGCGGCGAGAAACGCAACUCGUGCGUCAUUUCCUAAUCCUGUCGCAGGGCGGGGCUGUGUUGCGUAAUUGAUAAAAAUGCAUCUGCUGACGAGGGGGUUUUGUUGCGCCGCCGAACGCGCGGGUGCUUGAGCGUGUUGCCGUUGAGGUGUUCGGUACGAAGCACUGCGGGUUGGUGCAUUCAGGGUGCUUGCCGAGGGUUCGCGGUUUUUCCCCAGUCUUGCGUGUUUCUAGACAUUUCCCACGUUGAACCAUUUUGGGCUUUUCUGAACGAAUUACGAAUUACUCUCAUAGAUGCUGUAUUACGCAUUCGGGUUUGCCGCCCUUUCUGAACUGCGGCCUAAUAUUUGUACGCGAAACGGCCGUAAAGUGGUUUGCGGGAAGCCUGCUUUUCAAAUAAGAAUAUUAAUGGGUAACUCGAAGCUUGUCGGUACUUGCAAGUUAAAUAUAAUUUUCAGAUUAAUUUUGUAUCGCACCAAAGCUGUUCCAUAAUUUAUAACAAUAUUUAUAUCUUGGAAGUGCCGAUUUAAGUGAACUGUUAGGAGGCUUUUAACUUCGCUGUUCGAGACAACCUCAAUUUAGUCCACUCUCUUUUUGAAGCAACGCAAAUAUAUAAACGCGCUUUCCAUCUCGAUUUUUGACGGGCAGUUUUUGAAUAUUUGCGCGCCAACACUGCAGUGCAGGUCGAGUAAAAGACACAUUGCUCAAGCAUCCCUAUAAAAUCGGGUCUAAAGCACGUGUUGCUGAGCCGGCAUAAAAGCGUACUCAACUCGCAUCAGUUGCUUUGGCAUCGGUUCCGAAUCCCGACCGAAACGGACUGCGGAGUUUAUUUUUUGAUAUAAUAAUUAAUAGGCCUCUCUUAUCAUUCCUCCCUUUGGCUCCCGUGUGUAAAAAGGCACCUGUUGAUGACCCCCGCCCCUCCCACUACAUACAAUGCAUGCUUUUGAUGAUGGAAAUGGACAAUCAAAAAAUAAUAAAUAUAAAUGCCGUUCUCCAGCAACGUUUGCAGCGCGUGCACGCCAAAUUGUCAUUGAUUACAUUCCUCAAUAUUUUUUGCUACCCAAACGAAGGUAUUGAUUUUUUACCAACGUGUUUCUCUCAGAGUCAGACGUUUUUAAUUGUGUACAUUAAAAUAUAAGAAUCAAAUUCAUUUAGAGUUUUUAUUACCUGUGUUGUGACCACGUGCUUGUUGAAUCGUGUAACUGACGUAAUUUAAAAAGGAAAACUCGAAAAAACUUUUGGCAUGGGUCUGACUAAUAGGCAUAGAAAUAGUCAAAGCGCAAAAUGUUAAUCGACGACGAAAAAUGUUUCCGCGUGAUCUGAAUUAGUGGUGUGUAUACUUUCCAAGCUGUCAGAUCGCAUCUUUUGCUCUAUUCGUGUAGGAAAAGCGAACUUUUGUUCUAUCAUCGAUGACCCCAACUCGCAAUAAAAAAUUUAAAAGUGAAACUCACACCAGGGUUUUGUUAUUUUCGUUUUACUUUGCAUGUUGUGCAGUGGAAAGUGCACCAAACGAUUUAUGGAAAGUCCCGUAACAUGUAUCUCCCCUCGGUGUUUAAAGCUUUGUGUCAGUGUUGAUCGUUAAAUUAAAUUAUUAAUAAUGUGCGAAAUAAAAUUUUCUUCUUAUUUAA